AUGGACCGAGCAGCCUGUCUGAGCCACUCCAAAACAGCUCGGCACGGCACGGCGCAGCACGGACGAGCGUUCCCGGGGAUUAGAGAGGAUACGGAGCACAGGAGACCGAGGCCUCGACAGCAGCAUCAUUCCUUCUCCGCGCAACACAGGACGGGGGAGCGCGCCCACCGUGCUGCGGGUGUAUGUGUCUGUCUCCCGGUUUGGCUCACGAUGAUGCAAAGUGCGGCGGUCCUACCGACAGAGAGUCCUGUGAAGAGUUUACCGGAGAUUCUCGGAGUGCCACUGCAACAGAUCCCUCAGUGUGCGGGCUGCAGUCAGCACAUCCUGGACAAGUUCAUCCUGAAGGUGCUGGACAGACACUGGCACUCCAAGUGCCUCAAGUGCGCAGACUGUCAGACUCCGCUGGCGGACAAAUGCUUCUCCCGGGCUGGAAGCGUUUACUGCAAGGAGGACUUCUUCAAGCGUUUUGGGACGAAGUGUGCGUCAUGCCAACAAGGCAUCCCGCCGACGCAGGUGGUGCGGAAGGCGCAGGACUUCGUGUAUCACCUGCACUGCUUCGCCUGCAUCAUGUGCAGCAGACAGCUGGCCACCGGGGACGAGUUUUACCUCAUGGAGGACGGGAGGCUGGUGUGCAAGGUGGACUAUGAGACGGCCAAGCAGAACGACGACUCGGAGGCGGGGACCAAGCGGCCGAGGACCACCAUCACCGCCAAGCAGCUGGAGACCCUCAAAAGUGCCUACAAGAACUCGCCCAAGCCGGCACGCCACGUCAGAGAGCAGCUGUCCUCGGAGACGGGUCUGGACAUGAGAGUGGUUCAGGUUUGGUUCCAGAACCGGCGAGCGAAGGAGAAGCGUCUGAAGAAGGACGCGGGUCGACAUCGCUGGACUCAGUUUUACAAAAGUGUCAAACGCAGCCGAGGAGGAACCAAAGUGGAGAAGGAGAGUUCGGCCGACGACGCCGGGCUCAGCGACAGCGAGCUGAGCUUCAGAGACGACCAGGUCCUGUCGGAUCUGGGCCACACCAACGGGCUGUACGGCAGCGUGGGCGACAUGACGAGCGGCGCGGUGCUGAACGGCGGCUUCUCGGUGGACGCGGCGGGACAGACCUACCACGACAUCCGGGCGGGGAGCCCCUACGGCCUCCCGCAGUCGCCCUCCUCCAUCGCCUCCCUGCCGGGCCACACCCCGCUCCUCAACAACCUGGGCUUCAGCAUGGACAGUCUGGUGGCGCCGGGCGGCCCGGGCGGCGUGGGCCAGGCUCUGAGGGCCAUGGCGGGAGGCCCCACCUCAGACCUCUCCACGGGCAGCAGUACGGGAUACCCCGACUUCCCCACCAGCCCGGCCUCCUGGCUGGACGAGAUGGACCAUUCCCAGUUUUGA